AUGGCAUCUUCUUUAUCUCGAUCCGUGUGGAAGUACGAUGCCUUCUUGAGUUUCAGAGGGACAGAUGUUCGCAGAAACUUCAUCAGCCAUCUCACAGACGAAGGAAUCAUAACCUUCCAUGACGACACAGACCUUGAGAGAGGCAGUUCGAUCUUGAAAGGACUCGAGGAAGCCAUGAAUCAGUCGAGAUUCGCAGUCGUCGUGAUUUCAGAGGACUACGCUACAUCUCAAUGGUGCUUGAAAGAGCUUUCGUUUAUGGUCGACUUAACUGAAAAGAAACGCUUCGACCUGAUCCCUAUAUUCUAUGAAAUCCCUAUAUCCCUAUGUUCAAGAGCCGAAGCGGUUGUUUUAGCAAAGCUUUUGAGGAUCAUGAGAAGAGAUUUGAUGCUAAGACCGAGCGAUGAUUCAAAGCUUACACAAGAAGUUGUUAGAGAUCUUUGUGAUAGGUUAUACUUAGAGUCUGAGCCAUCAGACGAAACAAGUGAAUUUGUAGGGAUGAGUCUCCAUAAGAAACGCAUGGAAUCUCUUUUAACAAUGGACAGCUCUGACUCUGAUGAUGAUGUCAAAAUGGUAGGAGUGUGGGGUAUGGGGGGCAGAGGCAAAACAACCAUCGCUAAAUGUGUCUACGAAUCCCUCUCGACUCACUUUCCUAGUCGUUGCUAUCUUACGAACGUUAAAGAUGAUUUCCAAAAACAUGGUGAAUCAUCAUCAUCAUCAUCAUCAUCAUCAUAUCUGCGGAAGCAAAUCAUGUCUGAAAUUUUCCCCAAAAGCCCCCUUAACGCACGGUGCGUCAGCCCUGAGGCAAUGAGGCGGAGGCUACGUGGAAAGAAGGUUCUUCUCAUCCUCGAUGAUGUUGAUGACGUUAAGCAACUCCAAGAAUUGGCUGGAGACUGCAAGUGGUUUGGACCAGGAAGCUGA